GGUGCGAUGCCCGAAUCGGCAGCCAUUUUCCGUGCAGUGGAUGCAGUGAUGUGACGGUCCGUCUGCGACCACCUGACGGAUCUGCCACCCCCCCAGAACAGCGCUUUGAGCAGUGCAAGAACCAGCCACAAAAAGCAACAUCGCUCGCGUGUGCGUUUGCGUGUGUCUAACUCGUUUUGCGGCAGUCGGUCGGAUCUUCAUGCUAAAGUCAUCAGGAAUGACUGUAACUCCGGUACGAAUGGCGAUGACCAGCCCGACGGUGCCCCUGCAGCAGAAAAGCAACUCGCGGAUCAGCAACUUCAGCGUGGCGUCCUUGCUGGCGGACACGCGGCCCAAAACGCCGACCGGCCUGCAUCAGCACCACCCGCACCACCCCCACCACCAUCACAGCCACCACCAGCACCAGCUCCAUGGGCUGAUCAGCACCGCGCUCAGCUCCCCGACGGCGACCCACAGCCCGCUCAGCCCGCUGAUGGCGCACGGGCUGCCGUCGGGGACGGCGACGGCGACGACGGUGACGACGAUGACCCCGAUGACGACGCCGACCACCACCACGGCGACCCCGUUGCCGCCGGGCCGGUCGCCCGAGCUGCGGGAUCUGCUCGUCCCGGCCAACCUGUCGUCCUCGCACACCGGCUCCUGCUCGCCCCGCUCCCAGCCCGACGCCAGCUCGGCGAAGACGGUGGACGGGGACGGGGACGGGACGGGGCGGGACACGCCGCACAGUUUGCUCGAGUCGGACGACUACGACUCGAACCACGACGAGGAGGAGGACUCGAUCGUCGACAUCGAGGAUAUGGACCACGAGCUGAGCGACGCCGGUUCGCAGCGGGGCGGGCGCGGCAGCAAGGGCAGCGGAUCACCCGGCUCCCCGGCCGGUCACCUCGGGAUGCCCGGCCCUCACGGGGGAUCGCCCGGGGCAGCCCUGGCCGCCGCCGGCCACGUCCCGAUCCGGCCGACGCCCUUCAGCGCACUGGCGGCGGCGGCCGCUGCAUGGGGCGGCAUGGCCGGCGGCGGUGUCCCGUGGCCCGGUGCCCGCCAGAUGGCGGGGCCGUUCGGGCCACCCGGCCUGUUCCCCGGCCAGGGCUUCGGCGCCGGUCAACUCGGUGGAGACAAUGAACCGCCGCGCAUCAAGUGCAACCUGCGGAAGCACAAACCGAACCGGAAGCCGCGCACCCCGUUCACCACCCAGCAGCUGCUGUCGCUGGAGAAGAAGUUCCGCGAGAAGCAGUACCUGAGCAUAGCGGAGCGGGCCGAGUUCAGCUCGUCGCUGCGGCUCACCGAGACGCAGGUCAAGAUCUGGUUCCAGAACCGGCGGGCCAAGGCGAAGCGGCUGCAGGAAGCGGAACUGGAGAAGAUCAAGAUGGCCGCGCUCGGGCGGGCUCCCGGGGCCCAGCUCUACAUGGGCUACUUCCACCCGAGCCUGAUGGGGGGCGCGAUGCACCUGGGGUAGAGGACCCCGCCCGCCCGGGACCCUUGGCCCGGCCCCGGACCAACCAACAAAACCAACCUACCAACCAACCAACCAAUCAACCAUUGUGAAUACUAGCAUUUAAGCGUCUGUAAACCCCUCUAAACGACUUGCGUUGCGCUACUCCCGAGAGGUCACGGGACCGCGCGCGUCGGCGUUUACGUUAAGCUAUUUAUUUUAGUGUCCCCCUCCGGGUUUCCCCACACACACUGUCUCUCU